AUGUCAAUGCCACUGCAACGUGGCAUCUCCGGAGCACGAGUUUCCGAUCAAAGAGACGACUCUCAAAUGAAGGACAAAACAGAGAAAGACGAUUUGAUCCGAGGCCGUUCCACGGAGAGCAAUACGUUAACCUUUAGGUUUCCUUUUGCUUUCCUCUUCAGCAGCAGCAAUAACAACCACUCUUCUUCAAAACACGGCGGCGAAAACGGUUUCAGCGGCGGUGAUCCUUAUAGCAGCGCUAGGAGUAGGCACAAACUGAUGCUUCUCUUUCUCAAAAUCAGUUUGAUUCUCAUCGUGGUGUUUGCCUUGGCCGGUUCCUUUUGGUGGACGGUUUCGAUUUCGACUUCUUCGAGAGGUCAUGUAUAUCACAACUAUAGGAGGUUACAGGAGCAGCUCGUUUCGGAUUUGUUGGAUAUUGGUGAGAUCUCUCUGGGGCCUAACAGGUGGAAAGAGCUCGAGUAUUGUACUGUAGAGUCUGAGAAUCACGUUCCUUGCUUCAACGCCACUGAUGAGAGUGAUCGGUUUUGUGGGGGUGGGACGAAGAUGGAUUGUUUGCUUUUGCCGCCGGUGAAGUAUAGAGUGCCUCUUCGGUGGCCGACUGGGAAAGAUAUCAUUUGGUAUCAUAAUGUUAAGAUCAAUGCUCAAGAAGUUUUGACUUCUGGAAGUAUAACCAAAAGGAUGAUGAUGGUGGAGGAAGAUCAGAUAUCUUUCAGGUCUGCAUCGUCUAUGUCUGAUGAGGUUGAAGACUAUUCACAUCAGAUUGCUCAGAUAAUUGGGAUUAAGAAUGAUAACUUCAUAGAAGCUGGUGUGAGAACUAUGUUGGAUAUUGGAUGUGGUUAUGGUAGCUUUGGAGCUCAUCUACUCUCCAAGCAGCUUUUAACAAUGUGCAUAGCAAACUAUGAAGCUUCCGGUAGCCAAGUCCAGCUAACACUUGAGAGGGGUCUACCUGCAAUGAUUGGUUCUUUUACAUCAAAGCAAUUGCCGUAUCCUUCUCUUUCCUUUGAUAUGUUGCAUUGCUCAGGUUGUGGCAUUGAUUGGGACCAGAAAGAUGGUCUUCUUCUUGUAGAAGUCGACAGGGUUUUGAAACCUGGAGGCUACUUUGUUUGGACGUCUCCGCUCACAAACGCUCGGAACAAAGAGAAUCUUAAAAGAUGGAACUUUAUUCGUGAUUUCGCUGAGAGCAUCUGCUGGACUCUUUUACCUCAGCAGGACAAGACUGUCGUCUGGAAAAAGACUGUCAAAACCAAAUGUUACAGUGCCCGGAAGCCUGGAGUGGGGCCUUCUGUGUGUUCCAAAGGGCACGACGUCGAGUCUCCGUAUUACAGGCCGCUUCAGAUGUGUAUCGGUGGAACACGUAGCCGGAGAUGGACUCCCAUUGAAGGCAGGACAAGAUGGCCUGGCCGGUCUAACAUGAACAAGACUGAGCUUUCUCUAUAUGGUCUUCAUCCAGAGGAGCUCGGAGAAUAUGGUGAGAACUGGAGAGCAACAGUAAGAGAAUACUGGUCACUCUUGUCUCCACUGAUAUUCUCUGAUCAUCCAAAGAGACCAGGAGAUGAAGAUCCAUCGCCGCCUUACAACAUGCUCAGAAACGUUUUGGAUAUGAAUGCUCAAUACGGUGGACUCAACUCCGCGUUGCUGGAAGCUAGGAAAUCGGUUUGGGUCAUGAAUGUGGUUCCCACGGCUGGACCUAACCACCUCCCCAUGAUCCUUGACCGUGGCUUUGUCGGAGUUUUGCAUGACUGGUGUGAAGCAUUCCCGACUUACCCGAGAACGUAUGAUCUGGUGCACGCAGACAAUCUUUUGUCGCUUCAGACGAGUCAGCGACGAAGCAAAUGCUCGCUUAUGGAUAUAUUCACGGAGGUUGAUCGAUUACUUCGUCCAGAGGGAUGGGUGAUAAUCCGAGACACGGCGCAGCUGGUGGAAACGGCGAGAGCUUUGACGACACAAUUGAAGUGGGAAGCUCGAGUCAUAGAGGUUGAGAGCAGCAGUGAACAGAGACUUCUCAUCUGUCAAAAACCAUUGGCUAAGCGACAAUCAAGCUGA